UCUAUUCUAUAUCCCCCAUUUUUCUUCCAUUAUUACACCUCCAUUCACACACACACAAAUUUUAUAUAUACAUACACAUCUCUCUCUAUAUAUAUAUAUACACACACUUCAAAUAAACCCCCAGUAGUCUCAAAACACACACAAAAAAACACACAUUAUGCCUACUGAUCCUGCAAGUAAUUACCAGCAAUUGCCAGACCAUCAAAAGAACUACGCACUUAGCGGCAAAAUCAUGUUAUCUUCAAUAAUCAUUCUUUUCGUCGUCGUUAUUGUGUUGGUUUUACUUCAUCUUUACGCCCGGUGGUACCUCCGCCGUCUCCACCGCCACAACGACACCCGUCGCCGCAACCGUCGUACCCACAUCGUGUUCCACGUGGACAACAACAAUUCUUCAUCCCCGCCAAAUGGUGGACUUGACGCUACUAUAUUAAAGUCAUUACCGGUUUUUGUAUAUUCGUCUCAAAAACCCAACCAAAAUUUGGUUGAAUGUGCGGUAUGUUUAUCGGAGUUUGAAGAUGGUGAAACGGGUCGGGUUUUACCUAAAUGUAAACACGGGUUUCAUACUGAAUGUAUUGAUAUGUGGUUUCAUAGUCAUUCUACUUGUCCGCUUUGUCGGGCACCGGUUGAACCGGUUCAACCGGGAGAAGAACUAGAAAUGAAAGCUGCUACUACAAACGAACCGGGUUCUAGUGGUUGGUUUAAUGAAACCACGUCGUUUCAGGAUAGGAGAAAAGGGAUUGAUGUUAGGAUAGAUAUUCCAAGCCGGAACGAGCUGGUUGAAAGCUCAUUCCGGAUGAUGUCACCAACUCUCGGGUUUAGAUCACCCGGGAGUCAUUUACAAUCGUUGAAAAGAAUUUUGACAAUGAGUAGGAAAUCGCCGGCGGUUUCGCCGUCGGGGGGUGUGGGGCCUAGUAGUGUAAAUCCAUCGGUGGAACCUGAUAAGUCAGAUAUUGAGUCAGUCAGUCAACAAUAGACGGCUACCAAGUCAACUCGGUGACGAACCGCUAACAUUGGGGGCUUUUGUGAAGCGGUUGGAUUGGACACGUGGCGUGAUCUUAUUAAAAAGAGGAUGUUGAUUGGGGAAUAUGGAUAUGAAAGUUGACUGAAAUAUUGUAAAUUAGUUUUUUUUUUUCUUAUAAAAAAAUGUAUAGUUGUAGAUAUUUAUAUUUAUGGGUUUAUUUGAAUUUAUUAAUUUAUCCGAAAAACAUGGUUGUUGGAAUAUUUAUUGGAAAUUUGAAGA